AUGGCUGCUACAUCAUCUUGCGAAGAUUUUCUUGCUCAAGCUCUGCUGAGUUUGAAAGAGAAUCCAACCUCGUUUAAUAUCAACUCGAGUUCCAACACUUCUGGAUCCGAUCACAGACAGUCAUCUUUGAAAGGUUGCUAUUCAUCAGAGAAUAAUACCACUUCAUUUGUCUAUAUACCACCCUUGUUGAUGGAACCAUCUCUGCAAGAUUCCUACUCAGAUCUCAAUCAAUACGAAAAGCUCCAAUUGAAGAGCUUGACCGAUGGCUCCUCUGGUUCAUCGUCAUCAUUGCUCUUACGAAAGAAGCCAUCAAUGAUGAUGAACACGUCCGCGCUCUUCCAUACUACUACUACCACAAGUUCAGCUGCAGCAACAACACCACAACAACGACACGAUCUUAUACAAAGAUCGGAUAUGGACAGAAAACAGAACUGGGAUUUGAUCAGCAGCCCAGUAGGAAUUUCAAAGCCUAGAAAGAUGAUAUCUCGAUGGUAUGCAGAAAGUGGAUCAUCUCUAGUUGCUCAUCCUUCCAUUCUCAACACAACUACAACCACAACCUCUGUGACAUCCAACUCUCAAUUGAAUAAUACCAAAAUGUACCAUACUAGAUCUGUGACAGAAUCAUCUCAAGUGUAUCAACAUCCUCACCCUACUGGUUCUGAUCGAAGUGAAUCUUCAAAUGGGGAGGAAGAUGACAUGGAAGACGCCUCUAAUGAUUACAAUAAUGCAGAUGAAGAUUUCAUUGUCUCAUCUGAAGAAGACGGCAACAAGUCAACACCACAAAAGAAGAGAAAGCAAACCAUCCGAAAGAAGAAGAAGCAUACAACUAAAGGUCAAUUCAAUACUGGUUGGUGGUCUGAUGAUGAACAUCUUCGCUUCUUGAAAGGAUUAAAGGAAUGUGGACAUAAUUGGAGCUUAAUUAGUACUAAGUACGUGAAGACUCGAGGUCGAAGACAAUGUGCAAGUCAUGCUCAAAAGUGGUAUCAAUCCGAGAGAUACGCUGAAGAGCGAGAGAAAAUGGAUUCCCUCUAA